UCUGUUUACACGCAGAAGAGAACAACAUGGCUCUAUUUCCAGUUUUUGCAGGAUUAUCAAAUACAAAACCUGAGAAUGCACCUAAAGGUAAUACCACAAAUGUUUAUUUAUGUUUAGUGGAUGUGUGAACCAGCUAGCCCUCUUUCUGUGACGGUCUGGGACUUCGAAAGAGAGAUCUUGUGAAAGUAAACUCAAGUGCAACGUUUCUGUCUUCGACAGAACACAUUAAAAGAGCUGUCUGUCAGCUAGUGGUAGUCAGUUUGCUAGUUUCUCUAGCUUGUUAGCUAAAUAUUUUACUACAGCUAGCUAAGUGUCUUUGCCAUCGGUAAAACACAGUCUGCUCGUAACAUAGCUAACUAACAUCCCCCAAAAAUGCAUUCAUAGCUAUAAUUUAAUUACUCAAUGAUGUAGCCAGGUAAAUUAUUAUGAUAAACAAUUUGCCUACACGCACUCACUGUAAGUCAGCAGUGCAUUGGCCGCUCGGGCCCUCACCAUAAACUAAUUCUAACCAAAAAGGUGUGUUAGUUAUAUCAUGUCUUCACAAAAUUAAACCCUAAACCCAUGGACACAGUGCGAGAACUAAUUGCGAUUGAUUAGACAUGCCUCUUCUCUCUCUCAGAACUAGAAUGGCUGAGCAAUCAACGUUUUUGCACCGACAACGCUCUUUCUGUCCUCCAGCUAGCCACUGAGUAAGCCAACGAGACACAACUAGCAGAAACGAGGUGUUGUGUUAUUAUCAUAAAAGUCUUUAAUAAUUAUUCAAUUAUUUCCCUUUCACUGUGACAGAAUAGUAUUUCAUGCUCCAUUGUACAGCAGAUAGGAUAAGGCAUUCCGCCCCUUUUGAGAAGCACUGGUUUUAUUGAGUGGCUUUGAAUGUUAUUGCACAGUCUUGUUGUUAUUACACAAUGAUAUAUCUCGUACUUUUGUGGGAUGAUAUGAUCUGAGCAUUGACACCGUUGUUGGUAGUUUCACCCAAAAGUCAACGGCUUGUGGUAUUUGUACUUAAAUGUUUACUUCUAACAUUUCUGAACAUACUUUUUACAACAGAUAGAGAGGAUAAGAAUUACGUCCCAUCCAAGAAGAAGAAAAAGAAGGAGAAUAAAAAGAAGAAGCACAAGAAGAAGAGUGGAUAACCCUCCACAGCAAGCAGUGGCUCAGAUUCAGAUACUAUCUACCCCAGUGAUCUCCUGAAAAAUGUUGAGAGCACUCCUCCCAGGUAUGACCUCACUCCCUUUGUUCCCAGUGAGACCCAGUCACUCAGGUGUACAUGCUCUGGUAGGGAUUUCAGGACUGGGCUCAAAUGUUGAAGUAUCUCAGAGUAGGAGUACUGAUAUAGGAUCAGUUGGACAGGGGGUGAACUGUUCCUAGACCAGCACUCCUACCCUAGGAUGCUUUUUUAAUACUUGCCCAUGUCUGGUAAUACUGUACUAGUUGUUGCUGGGUAGGAGUAAGAUUCAGUGUCUGUGGCUCAGUGCGUUAUGGGAGGUCUACUCUGUGUGUCUAGGCUGACUGCCAGUUGAAGGAGCUCUUCUUGACAGACUUUGAACUCAACUACGUCACACACACACACAUACAUACACCUGUCUCUAUGCCUCUCUCUCAAGGACUGUCUCCUAAACAGGAGACUUGUAUAACUCAUCUUUGAAGCCACAGUUAAAUUAGCCUAAUGUUAGGAUUAUGUUUUGGAUCUGUACUGUACUACUAAUGUUUUACAACUCAUCUGUACUGUACUAUCAAUGUUUUCUGAUUUACAGUAGACCAUUAUAUUUUAGGUCUGUACUCUGCUCUAUCAAUGUUUAACGAUUAUGUCUCUUUAAUGAAAAUUUCUGUUAUGGUUGUUUGAGUUAGCACCACUAGCCCUAAUAUUGUAUUUUUAUCAAAUCAUGAAAAUGCUAACUUGCUACAUGUCACUCAACCCUUCUUUAGAGGUCUAUACUCUGCAUUGAUCCUGACGGUGUUGUUCUUUCUGUCUGUAGUGAGGAGGCGCAGUGUCAGGUGGAAGGGUCUUUUGUGUGGCUGGACGACCUCCAGACCCUCACGGAUUGGCCCUUCUGCGUGGACAGGAGAGCAGACUGCGCCAACUGGGAGUACAGAUCGCUCUACAGAGGAGACAUCGCUAGGUAGGUAACCUCCCUUCCCCCACCACUGCACCACCUUUCCGCCUCCCCCUUCACUCCCCCCUCCAGCACCCCUUAUCUCUGCACCACUACUGCCAUCUCAGCUCUGGUGUAGCCGCCCAUCAGCCGUCAUCCGCCCACUCUUACCCUGUCCAUGCUACUGAGCUGAACAGAGCUGAGCCAAGCUAAACUAUACUGCACUGGCCUGGCAUAGAAAAUAUCUGAGCCAGCACAGUCUGGUUCAGGUUGGCACAAUAGUGUGAAAAGGGUAUCUGCUGGCCAGCAGUGUUUAGUUAACCCCCCCCCCCCCCUCCCCAGCCUGGUUCUGCUCCCAACUCAAGGUCAUUCAGAGAGGGAGUCAGUCAGCUCCAGCUGCAGGUGCCAGAGCCUCCAUUACAGUACCAGGGGGUGAUAAUAAAAGCUGCACUGAGAGUUUUGGGUCUGCGGUCCUGCAGUAAUCCAUAUCUCACAGGCGGUUUUACUACUUCAGCCCUCUGCCUGCCUGCAGCCCACAGUCAGGGUGCGGAAAUCAAAGCGUUCACCUGCUGUAAAUUCCUUCCUUCCUGUCAGAGCACUUCUUAGAUAUAAGCUCUCUAUGCCCUAGUGAGUUUAAUAAUAGGAUGUAUGCUUGUGGAGGGGUAUAUAGAAAGGGCCUAUAAACGUCUACACCCCCCUUAACUUUUUUCACAUUUUGUUGCGUUACAAAGUGGGAUUGAAAUAAUAGAUGUAAUUGUAAUUUCUUGUCAUUGAUCUACACCAUAAUGUCAAAGUGAAAAGAAAAUUCUACAAAUUAAUACAAAUGUAUUAACUAAAAUACAGUUGUUGCAUACUGUAAGUAUUCACCCCCUUUGUUUAGGCAAGCCUAAAUUAGUUCAGAAGUAAAAUUUGGCUUAACAAAUCACAUAAUACAUCUUAUGGACUCUGUGUGAAAUAAUAGGGGUUGACAUGAUUUUUGAAUGACUACCCAUUCUUCUGUCCCCCAUACAUACAACAUCUGUAGGUACCUCAGUCAAAUAUUGAAUUUCAAGCACAGAUUCAAACAGACCAGAGAGCUUUUCGAGAGCCUCAUAAAGAAGGGCAAUGAUUGGUAGAUGGGUAACAAUAACAAAUCAGACAUUGAAUAUAUCUUUAAGCAUGGGGCCAUUGGUGAUUUUAAUAGCUACAGAGUUCAUUGGCUUUGAUAGGAGAAAACUGAGGAUGCAUCAACAACAUUGUAGUGACUCCACAAUAAUGACCUAAAUGACUGAAAAGUGAAAAGAAGAAUAUAAAUAUACAAUGCCUUCAGAAAGUAUUCAUACCCCUUGACUUAUUCCACAUUUUGUUGUGUUACACCCUAAAUUCAAAAUAGAUUCAAUAGAUUUGUUUCUCAACCAUCUACACUUCACACAUUACCCCAUAAUGACAAAGUGAAAACAUGUUUUUGAGACAUUUUUGCAAAUGUAUUGAAAAUGAAAUACAUAAAUAUCUAAUUUACAUAAGUAGUCACACACCUUAGUCAAUACUUUGUAGAAGCACCUUUGGCAGUGAUUGCAGCUGUGAGUCCUUAUGGGUACGUUUCUAAGAGCUUUCCACACCUGGAUUGUGCAACAUUUGCGCAUUAUUCUUUUCAAAAUUCUUCAAGCUCUGCAAAAUUGGUUGUUGAUCAUUGCUAGACAACCAUUUUCAGGUCUUGCCAUAGAUAUUCAAGUAGAUUUAAGUCAGAACUGUAACUCGGCCACUCAGGCACAUUCACUGUCUUCUUGGUAAGCAACUCCAGUGUAGAAUUGGCCUUGUAUUUUAGUUUAUUGUGAAGUGAGGUGAACUCUUCUCCCAGUGUCUGGUGGAAAGCAGACAACCAGAUUUUACUCUAGGAUUUUGCCUGUGCUUAGCUCCAUUCUGUUUCUUUUUUAUCCUGAAAAACUCCCCAGUCCUUAACGAAUACAAGCAUACCCAUAACAUGAUGCAGCAAUAAGUAAUGUGUUGUAUUGGAUUUGCCCCAAACAUAACGCUUUGUAUUCAGGACAAAAAGUUAAUUGCUUUACCACAUUGUUUGCAGUAUUACUUUAGUGCCUUGUUGCAAACAGGAUGCAUGUUUCCUUCAUUUCACAUCCUCAGUUUUCUCCUAUCACAGCCAUUAAACUCUGUAAUUGUUUUAAAGUCACCAUUGGUAUCAUGGUGAAAUCCCUGAGCGGUUUCCUUCCUCUCUGGCAACUGCGUUAGGAGGAUGCCUGUACAGUGAGGGAAAAAAGUAUUUGAUCCCCUGCUGAUUUUGUACGUUUGCCCACUGACAAAGAAAUGAACAGUCUAAAAUUUUAAUGGUAGGUUUAUUUGAACAGUGAGAGACAGAAUAACAACAAAAAAAUCCAGAAAAACACAUGUCAACAAUGUUAUAAAUUGAUAUGCAUUUUUAUGAGGGAAAUAAGUAUUUGACCCCCUCUCAAUCAGAAAGAUUUCUGGCUCCCAGGUGUCUUUUAUACAGGUAACGAGCUGAGAUUAGGAGCACACUCUUAAAGGGAGUGCUCCUAAUCUCAGCGUGUUACCUGUAUAAAAGACACCUGUCCACAGAAGCAAUCAAUCAAUCAGAUUCCAAACUCUCCACCAUGGCCAAGACCAAAGAGCUCUCCAAGGAUGUCAGGGACAGUAUUGUAGAUCUACACAAGGCUGGAAUGGGCUACAAGACCAUCGUCAAGCAGUUUGGUGAGAAGGUGACAACAGUUGGUGCGAUUAUUCGCAAAUGGAAGUAACACAAAAUAACUGUCAAUUUCCCUUGGCCUGGGGCUCCAAGCAAGAUCUCACCUCGUGGAGUUGCAAUGAUCAUGAGAACGGUGAGGAAUCAGCCCAGAACUAGACGGGAGGAUCUUGUCAAUGAUCUCAAGGCAGCUGGGACCAUAGUCACCAAGAAAACAAUUGGUAAUACACUAUGCCGUGAAGGACUGAAAUCCUGCAGCGCCCGCAAGGUCCCCCUGCUCAAGAAAGCACAUAUACAGGCCCGUCUGAAGUUUGCCAAUGAACAUCUAAAUGAUUCAGAGGAGAACUGGGUGAAAGUGUUGUGGUCAGAUGAGACCAAAAUGGAGCUCUUUGGCAUCAACUCAACUCGCCGUGUUUGGAGGAGGAGGAAUGCUGCCUAUGACCCCAAGAACACCAUCCCCACCGUCAAACAUGGAGGUGGAAACAUUAUGCUUUGAGGGUGUUUUUCUGCUAAGGGGACAGGACAAUUUCACUGCAUCAAAGGGACGAUAGACGGGCCAUGUACCAUCAAAUCUUGGGUGAGAACCUCCUUCCCUCAGCCAGGGCAUUGAAAAUGGGUUGUGGAUGGGUAUUCCAGCAUGACAAUGACCCAAAACACACGGCCAAGGCAACAAAGGAGUGGCUCAAGAAGAAGCACAUUAAGGUCCUGGAGUGGCUUAGCCAGUCUCCAGACCUUAAUCCCAUAGAAAAUAUGUGGAGGGAGCUGAGGUUCGAGUUGCCAAAUGUCAGCCUCGAAACCUUAAUGACUUGGAGAAGAUCUGCAAAGAGGAGUGGGACAAAAUCCCUCCUGAGAUGUGUGCAAACCUGGUGGCCAACUACAAGAAACGUCUGACCUCUGUGAUUGCCAACAAGGGUUUUGCCAGCAAGUACUAAGUAAUGUUUUGCAGAGGGGUCAAAUACUUAUUUCCCUCAUUAAAAUGCAAAUCAAUUUAUAACAUUUUUGACAUGCGUUUUUCUGGAUUUUGUUGUUGUUAUUCUGUCUCUCACUGUUCAAAUAAACCUACCAUUAAAAGUAUCUGAUCAUGUCUUUGUCAGUGGGCAAACGUACAAAAUCAGCAGGGGAUCAAAUACUUUUUUCCCUCACUGUAUGUGUGGGGUACAGAGAUGAGGUUGUCAUUCAAAAAUCAUGCUAAACACUAUUAUUGCACACAGAGUGAUUCCAUGCAACUUAUUUUGUGACUUGUUAAGCAAAUGUUUACUCCUGAACUUAUUUAAGCUUGCCAUAACAAAGUGGUUGAAUACUUAUUCACUCAAGACAUUUCAGCUUUACAUUUUUGAUAAAUUUGUAAAAAUGUCAAAAAACAUAAUUCCACUUUGACAGUAUGGGGUGGGUAUUGUGUGGAGGCCAGUGACAAUUAUGUUUUUUGAAUCCAUUGUAAGUUCAGGCUGUAACACAAUAAAAUUUGGAAAAAGUCAAGGGGUUUGGAUACUUUCUGAAGGCACUGUACAUAAUAAAACAUAUUCUAAAACAUGCAUAUGUAUGCAACAAGGCACUAAAGUAAUGCUUCAAAAAAACACGGCAAAGGAAUACACUUUUUGGCCUAAAUGCAAAGCCUUAUGUUUGGGGCAAAUCCAACACAACACAUCACUGAGUAACUGCGUGCUUAUUUUCAAGCUUGGUGGUGGCUGCAUCAUGGUUAGGGUUGCAAAAUUCCAGGAACUUUCAAUAAAUUCCCUGAUUUUCCAGAAAAGUUCCAGGAAUUUUGCAACCCUAAUACCCUCCAUGGUAUGGAAAUGCUUGACAUCGGCAAAGACUAGGGAGUUUUUCAGGAUGAAAAUGGAUGGAGCUAAGCACAGGCAAAAUCCUAGAGGAAAACCUGCUUCAGUCUGCUUUACACCAGACACUGGUAGAGGAAUUCACCUUUCAGCAGGACAAUAACCUACAACACAAAGCCAAAUCUACACUGGAGUUGCUUACCAAGGAAACAGUGAAUGUUCCUGAGUGGCCAAGUUACAGUUUUGACUUAAAUCUGCUUGAAAAUCUAUGGCAAGACUUGAAAAUUGCUGUCUAGCCAUGAACCCCAACACCUUGACAGAGCUUGAAGAAUUUUGAAAAGCAUAAUGGGCAAAUAUUGUACAAUACAGGUGUGCAAAGCUCUUAUAAGAUUAACCCAAGAAGACUCACAGCUGUAAUCGCUGCCAAAGGUGUUUCUAACAUGUAUCGACUCAGGUGGUUAAAUACUUAUCUAAUCAAGGUACAGUAUAUCAGGGUUUUAUUUUUCAUUCAUCUUUAAUCCACUUUGACAUUUAGAGUAUUUCGUGUAGGUCGUUGACAAAUUACAAUUAAAUCCAUUUUAAUCCCACUUUGUAACACAAUAAAAUGUGAAGUAAUCCAAGGGGGUGUAGACUUUCUAUAGGCACUGUAUUAUUGCCACACCCCUUUACUUUUUCCACAUUACAGCCUUAUUCUAAAAUGGAUGAAAGAAAAACAUUUCCUCAUCAAUCUACACACAAUACCCCAUAUUGACAAAGCGAAAAGAGGUUUUUAAGUUUUUGCACAUUUAAAAAGAACUGAAAUACCAUAUUUACAUAAAUAUUCAGACCCUUUGCUAUGAGACUCGAAAUUGAGCGCAGGUGCAUCCUGUUUCCAUUGAUCAUCCUUGAGAUGUUUCUACAACUUGAUUGGAGUCCACAUGUGGUCAAUUCAAUUGAUUUGAAAAGUCACACACCUGUCUAUAUAAGGUCCCACAGUUGACAGUGCAUGUCAGAGGAAAAACCAAGCCAUGAGGUCAAAGUAAUUGUCCGUAGAGCUCAGAGACAGGAUUGUGUCGAGGUACAGGUCUGGGGAAGGGUACCAAAAAAAGUAUGCUGCAUUGAAGGUCCCCAAGAACACAGUGGACUCCAUCAUUCUUCAAUGGAAGAAGUUUGGAACCACCAAGACUCUUCCUAGAGCUGGCCGCCCGGCCAAACUGAGCAAUUGGGGGAGAAAGGCCUUGGUCAGGGAGGUGACCAAGAACCCGAUGGUCACUCUGACAGAGCUCCAGAGUUCCUCUGUGGAGAUGACAGAACCUUCCAGAAGGACAACCAUCUCUGCAGCACUCCACCAAUCAGGCCUUUAUGGUAGAGUGGCCAGACGGAAGCCACUCCUCAGUAAAAGGCACAUGACAGCCCACUUGGAGUUUACCAAAAGGCACCUAAAGGACUCUCAGACCGUGAGAAACAAGAUUCUCUGGGUUAAUGAAACCAAGAUUGAACUCUUUGGCCUGAAUGCCAAGCGUCACGUCUGGAGGAAACCUGUUACCAUCCCUACGGUGAAGCAUGGUGGUGGCAGCAUCAUGCUGUGGGGAUGUUUUUCAGCUGCAGGGACUGGGACACUAGUCAGAGCAUUCUCCAGAGCGCUCAGGACCUCCGACUGUGGCGAAGGUUAAUCUUCCAACAGGACAACGACCCUAAGCACACAGCCAAGACAACGCAGGAGUGGCUUCGGACAAGUGUCUGAAUGUCCUAGAGUGGCCCAGCCAGAACACACUGAACUUUUUUAUAAACUGCUCAAGGGCAACAAAUGGAGCUCCUGUCACAUGUCCAGUUGAUGUCGUUUUUAAUGUGUUGUCGAAGUGGCAUCUGUAACUUAAGAGACCUGCAAUCAAUACCUGCUAAUACACUCACUCACUCACUCACUCACAGCAAGCUAAGAGAAAUGUGAUCAAUAUAGCCAAUGAUUGGAGGGGUGUUUGGUGUAUUGCUACAGGGGGACUUAGGUAUUCCCUUUUGGACAUGGUCAGGUGAUGCAGACACUUUAUUUCUCUCUUUCUCCCUAUUUGUCCUCCCUUACUGAGCUGCACCCCUUUCACAACUCUCUCAACACAACCAUUUCUCAAGACAUUCCAUUACUGUUUUUCUUGACAGGGAUUUUACAUGUGACUGUAAUUAUUGUAAUGUCUUUCAAGGUACAAGAGGAAAGGCCGUUCGUCUCUGGGUUUGGACCCGCGAUCUCAGGCUGUGAGCUGGUCUGAGUCCGUCCCAUAGAAGAAGAGAGUAGAGGAGACAGGAGACAGUGACCCUACCGCUACUUCUCCCUCACCGUCCACCAGCUGCUGUGGUCUGUGGGAAAACCCACGCUGCCUGGACCAGGCCUCCUGGGUCAACCCCCUGGGGGUGGAUGACUCCUCCACCUCCCUGUGGCUUCAGGGGAAGGGGAAGGCGGAGCAGGGCAAGGCAGUGGAACAACCCUCUACUCCCAGAGUCAAUGCUGCCGCCCUGCUGGCUGAACGGUUGGAGGACUUCAACAGGAGGCUGAGGGAAACCCCCACAGACACACAGACCUGGCUGCAGUUUGUCCACUUCCAGGUACGGUAUUCAAUGUUAAAACCCCACAAUUAUACACCACACCAAUCAGUGUCAUCACAUCACAUGAGAUUUCACUAGGAUUUCACAAGAGUUUGCUGGCCAUUUCACCAGGUCAGGAAAAACUCCAGUCCUUGGCCUGUAUCUUGAUACAGAAAACAUCACAUGAUUAAUUAUGUACUAGCUACUAUCAUUACUGUUAAAUUAUAAUAACUUCCCGAUCUGUAUUACAGGACGAGGUGGCGAGUACCACCGGGGUGUUUGGUGACAUCUCUGAGAACGAGACAGAGCGCCGGAAGAGGUCAGUGAGGGCCACGCUGGAGAAGAAGGUAGCCAUUUUGGAUCGAGCGGUGGACAGUAUCCCCAGGUCUGUGGAGCUGAAGCUGGAGCGACUGCGUCUGUGCAGGGAGCUGUGGGAGCCGGCAGCCCUGUUGAAGGAGUGGAAGAAACUGGUGUUCCUGCACCCCAACAGUGCCCCUCUGUGGAGGAAGUACCUGCUGUUUGUGCAGAGCCACUUCAGCACCUUCUCUGUGUCAAAGGUCAAUGCGGUGUACGGGAAGUGUCUGAGCACCCUGGCGGCAGUGCAGGAUGGGAGCAUGUUGUCUCACCGGGCGCUGCCGAGCACUGAUGAACACAUGCUGGGUAAUGGUCCAAGCCACAUACAAUAUACGCUACAUAUUAUUAUGUUUUCAAUUCAAUUUUGCAUGAAUAACUUAUAACAUAUUAAAGGUAGACUCAGCGAUAUGACGUCGAUGCAGAAAGUAAAUGGCAUAAUGGGUUGGAGUUGGAGGGCAACGCUCAACUUUGCUGUUUUGGUGCUCUGGCUACAACACUGUGAACAGCGUGAAGCGAACCCGUGCACAUACGCAGAUACUGUGUGUGACUGUGUGAGAGCGAAGUCUUGCAUCUUGCUCAUCUCAAUAUCUGCGGUGCUGCUCGUGGCAACGUCAUUUUUCACUCACUGCCUGCUCUGUCGUCAUGAUACUGUACAUUCAAGCCUGUUCUAUUUGGUCAAGUAUUUUUUCUUCUUUUUUAAAAUCCUUCAUUCGCACAGGGCUGUACUGUAGAGGGGCUGACACUUUAGAUGUAAAUAUUCGUAGAGGCGAGCAGAGAGCGAGCAUUAUGGUUCAGGUUUCUCCUUGUCAGUAUGUUAUGUGCUGCUGUAUUGAACUGUUUGUGGUUUGGACUGUGACUGUCACCGUGAGAGUGGAAGAGAAGAGUUGAUGAGUUGUCAUUCUGUGGGAAGAGAAAGGUGCCAUUGUCUCUAAUAUCAUGUUAUAGGGAUGAUUUAGAUGGUCUAGACAUGGAGGGAGGGAUUGAGAGCUAUUUCGUUAUUCUACUGUGGGCAGCUAAUAGAUUAAUAGUGUGUGUUUGUGUUUAUGUAUCUUUCAACUCCUUUCAGAAGCCUUUGGUAUGGAUUUGAUGAGCUUGUAAUCUCUCGUGAUAGACUAAAUUGAGUUAGCUGGCUAGCUAGCUCCAUUAUUGUGGUUAUAUGUGUAUCAUGAUGUCAUCACCAGAUGUCCAUGGGUGUGGCAGAUCGUUCAGUAGGCAAACAUUGUGGAAUGGUGCAGAUGGAUAUGUCAUAAAUAGAACUGACAUGAUUCCUUCUACAUGACUGACAAAUAUAUCUGUUUUACACAGGACAUUUCUAUCUGCAACAUCCUGUAACAUGUUUCCCCCUCCUGAAAAGACCCCUAAACAGGUUUGUGCUGUGUCAUGUUUCUGACCAUUGACAGGACAGGAGAUAAGGACCAGAGGAAAGGGAGGGAGAAGGAGAGAUGAGAUAGGGAGUGGGAGAAGGAGAGGCAGAAAGAGGGAGGAUAAUGGAUAUCCAGUGUCCAUGCUGCUGAGCCAUGAUAUGAGUACUGCAGCGAUGGCCUAGCCUCCUGGCCCUCUGGCAGCUGCCCCUCAAUUUGUCUAAUGAAACUAUUAUCUAGUUAGACUGGCUGGCCAGUGGGCAGUCUGGGUAGGGCUGCUACUGGGCUAAACCAGGAACUAUCCUGUCAGGGCUUUAGCCUGCUGAACAAUGAUAAGGAUGGGAUGCACUCCAGGAACAAUUCAAGUAAACAUUUUUAUUUUCUUUAUGAAAAAUGAUAAGAUUUAAACUAACAGAAACAGAAGCCAGUGCAACAGAAACAGAAGCCAGUGCUCGAUAUUCUUUAGCCUACUGAAACAGUUUGUCUGUCUACCACAGCUAACUGUUAUUACAACAAUGACUGGGUAUGUAAGGGUGGAAUAACAUUAUUUGGAUUUGAUGUUAUCCAGUGAUGCCUCGCUUAUUCAAAUCACCUGGAAUUUUGUUUAACAUACUGGGACUAUUUGGGUUCAUAGAUCACCUGCUGCAACUCAUAGAAAGUAGGCUAGCUGUUUCAGGUUCAACAAAUGGAUGUAAUCACUUGUGGAAUCUUUGGUAUUCUCAACUCGACUUCAUAGGUACAGAAAGCUAUUUUAUUUGAGUGAUUCUCUUGUUAUAAUAUGAUGGUCACAGACUCCCUCUUGUGGUUGGAUAGUACAUAUUGUAGCGUUUCUGCAGCUGCACUGUGGACAGAUCAAACAGUGUGGGAGAUCUAAGCAUGGAAUAAGCAGCAUGUGCUAAAACUGGACGAUAGCCUCUGCUUACAUACGAAUGCUGGGCAUAUAUCUACACCAGGCUCCUUGCAUUCCUCUGAGGGAGACUGUCAGUCUCUUUGACUGUUUGUUUCCUUUUAGAAUAUGCUGAUGGUUUCUGUACUGGCAGUACAAGGCAGGUAGCCUGGUACCAGAUCUGUUUGUGCAUUGUCAUGCCAAUGAUCAUAGAAGUUGGGCAAGACAGUACAAACAGAUUUGGGACCAGGCUACAAGGCAGGGUAAUGAAAACCCCAACUUGUAGGGAACAUCUGCAGGAGACGGCAGCAUUAAUUAUAACUUGAUAAUGAUUUAAUGAAUAAUGAAGAUGCCUGUGAGGAACAAUAAAAAGAUUUUGAGAAGCUGCCAUUUCAUGUGACCUCAGGGAUGUGUACCUUUAAUUCGCCUGCUGAAUUUUUCAUUCAGGGAAGAUUAGCUAUCUGUUAUUACUUUUCAAACUUUCUUUCCGCCAUCCCUCACUCUCACUUUCUUUUCCUCAUCCUACUUAGUUUUUUCUUCACUCAUAGUCUGAGGAUAUAUUAAUCCUUAAAAGCUCAUACUAAACUAAUGCACCUGUGCUGGUUCUAAUAGGUGGAAUUGAAGUGGGUGCUUUGUGUGACGGCCUGGCAAGAGUCAAAAGGCCUCCUGUGGGGCAGGGAUUUUUUAAAAAGUAAGACAAGAUGGACAACACAGAGGGAAGACACUUGGCAACAGCACAGAUGCAUCAGCAGACAGACAGUGGAAACAAAGCACUUCACGACAAGAGAGACAUCACCAGGGAGACCUAUGACAACAAAAAGCUACAUGGCACAAACAACGUUAAGGGCAGACAACAGCACGAUGGAAAAAGACUGUCACACCACAAUACAAGCUACAUAGCCCUACUGAACAGACAAAUAGACAGACAGCACCAACAAAUAAUGGCAGCGCAAGCGGACAGACAGAAAACAGACACCACAAUCAACAGCGUAGGUUAUUGGCUCGCAUAACAGCUACAUGUGUCCGUGAGAAUGUCCAUGAUUGAGUCCUUGAAAGCUGAGACGGGGACAAAACUUUCCAGCUUUAGCAUUUUUUGCAGAUAAUUCCAGUCGCUAACUGCAGCGAACUGAAAAGAGGAACGACCCAGGGAUGUGUUUGCUUUGGGGACUUUUAACAGAAUGUGGCAGAUUGGGUACUGUAUGUAGAGGAUGAUGGUUGCAAUAGGUAUCUCAGGUAGGGGGGAGUGAGGCCUAAGAGGGUUUUGUAAAUGAGUAUCAACCAGUGGAUUUUGUGUCUGGUAUAAAGAGAUGGCCAGUUUACAGAGGAGUGCAGUGAUGUGUCCUAUAAGGACGUUAUUUUCAGAUCGGCAGGUAAGGGUGCACUUGAGCGGCUAGAUGUUCUGUACCAUUCUGCCAUCCGAUUUGCAAUGGCAGAAUGGUUCAGAACAUCUAGCCGCUCAAGUGCACUCUUACCCGCCGAUCUGAAAAUAACGUCUCCAUAAUCUAACAUGGGUAGGGUGGUCAUCUGAAUCAGGGUUAGUUUGGCAGAUGGGCGAAGGAGGAGCGAUUACAAUACAGAAAACCAAGCCUAGAUUAGAUGGCCUGAUUUAAUGAUGUGGUAUUGUAUGUCCUCUCUCUCUCUCUCUAUCUAUUUCUUUAUCUCUGCAGCCAUCUUCCUCCAGCAGUGUCAUUUCCUCAGGCAGGCAGGCCACUCAGAAAAGGCUGUGUGCCUGUUCCAGGGCCUGCUGGACUUCACCUUCUUCAAGCCAGACACUGUCAAGGACCUACCCACCAGACAACAGGUAGAGACACACACACACACACACACACACAGUCAUUCCCCCAUGUACCUCUGAAAAUAACACACAUGUUCAAACACAUGCACACAUACAGCUGGUUGGUCUCCAGAAUAGAUUGAUGAUGAAUUGGGGGUCUGUGUUACUGUAUUGGCUGUUUAUCCAGAGCCAGUGCACCAGUGGGAUGUGUUUACCUUAGACUAGGGCUGUGUGUUUUCCGUCUCGGGCAUUAAAGCAGUGCUGGGGACCCAUCCAGAGAGUGCCCUUCAGCCUAUGGUCUGGGCCUUGUCACUUUACUUUAUGCUCUACAUGGAAACUUUGCUAAGGGGGCAUUUAAAAUGCAUGGCCAGCUUUUAAUAGAGGCUUUUUUCCAGCAGUGGUGCAUUCUAAUUCCUAUCUAACUGAGCCCUGGCUUUCUCAGCCAAAUCCAUUUCUGCUGAGUGAAAGGUAGAAGAAGGAAUAUUACCCUUUUUAAGUACAGGGAGAGAGAGGUCUCCCUUUCCUCUGUGUGUUUAUACUGACAAAUAGCUGGCCAAAUAGAGAGGUACAAUAGAAAUCAUUUUGAGAGGUUUCAUAUUCAUGGAAUAUUGAAGCAUGGAAUACGAAUGAGUGUUUAAUAACUUAGCUAGUAUAAAUGCAGAAUUAUGAACCAUGUUGCUUGUAUCACCCUUGCGAUCCUCAGAAGGAUGUGUCUGGGCACUGAGCUUCUGCUCACUGUGGCUUCUGUCUCGCUCUGUGUGUGUGUGUGUGUGGGGGAGAGCGAGAGAAUGAAUAAUGGCCUGUUUGCAGUGGCUCACAGAUCACUCUCCCCCCAGGACAUGUUGCUGUGUGUGUCUGCAUGGUAAACAUAGCAUUAACUGUUUUAAUUGAUCAGAGAUCCUUUAACACUACGUCUCUGUUCCAAGGUCCAUACUACCAAUUAGAAUGAAGCAACAUGUAGCCUAUUAGGCAUGCAUUGAAAGUGGUAUGCUAGUGUGGAUAUUGGAACAUAGUCUAGGUCAAUUGAGCUUUGUAUUGUUAAAAUGUAACACCAUAUAGGAUCUAGUGAUAUUUCUCUACCAGAUUUGGAAUUACUGAUACCCAAAGCCCCAUGUUCAGAGCCUGUCUGUUUUUUGUCUCGGAGACAGUGAGAUUUAAUAAGAAUAUUAAUGGGUUGGAUCCCAACGCUGCCACCAAACGUAAGAUGGCUACAGUGCAUUCAGAAAGUAUUCAGACCCCUUGACUUUUUCAACAUUUUGUUAGGUUACAGCUUAUUCUAAAAUUGAUUAAAUCAUUUUUUCCCUCAUCAAUCUAUACACAAUACACUAGAACAAUCUAUACACAAUACACUAGAAUGACAAAUCGAAAAAAGGUUUUUAGAAAUUGUUGCAAAUGUUAAAGAAAAUAUUUUAAAAAAUACCUUAUUUACGUAAGUAUUCAGACCCUUUGCUAUGAGACUCGAAAUUGAGCUCAGGUGCAUCCUGUUUCCAUUGAUCAUCCUUGAGAUGUUUCUACAACUUGAUUGGAGUCCACCUGUGGUCAAUUCAAUUGAUUGGACAUGAUUUGGAAAGGCACAUACCUGUCUAUACAAGGUCCCACAGUUGACAGUGCAGGUCAGAGCAAAAACCAAGCCAUGAGGUCGACAAAAUUGUUUGUAGAGCUCCGAGACAGGAUUGUGUCGAGGCACAGAUCUGGGGAAGGGUACCAAAACAUUUCUGAAGCAUUGAUGGUCCCCAAGAACACAGUGGCCUCCAUCAUUCUUAAAUGGAAGAAGUUUGGAACCACCAAGACUCUUCCUAGAGCUGGCCGCCCGGCCAAACUGAGCAAUCAGGGGAGAAGGGCCUUGGUCAGGGAGGUGACCAAGAACCUGAUGGUCACUCUGACAUAGCUCCAGAGUGGAGAUGGCAGAACCUUCCAGAAGGACAACCAUCUCUGCAGCAUUCCACCAAUCAGGCCUUUAUGGUGCCCUGACGGAGACACUCCACAGUAAAAGGCACAUGCCAGCCCGCUUGGAGUUUGCCAAAAGGCACCUAAAGGACUCUCAGACCAUGAGAAACAAGAUUCUCUGGUCUGAUGAAACCAAGAUUGAACACUUUGGCCUGAAUGCCAAGCGUCACGUCUGGAGGAAACCUGGCACAAUCCCUACGGUGAAACAUGGUGGUGGUGGUGGCAGCAUCAUGCUGUGGGGAUGUUUUUCAGUGGCAGAGACUGGGAGACUAGUCAGGAUCGAGGGAAAGAUGAACGAAGCAAAGUACAGAGAGAUCCUUGAUGAAAACCUGCUCCAGAGUGCUCAGGAUCUCAGACUGGGGCGAAGGUUCACCUUCCAACAGGACAACGACCCUAAGCACACAGCCAAGACAAUGCAAGAAUGGCUUCGGGUCUCUGAAUGUCCUUGAGGGGCCCAGCCAGAGACCGGACUUGAACCCGAUCAAACAUCUUUGGAGAGACCUGAAAAUAGCUGUGCAGCGAAGCUCCCCAUCCAACCUGACAGAGCUUGAUCUACUGAGAAGAAUGGGAGAAACUCCCCAAAUACAGGUCUGCCAAGCUUGUAGCGUCAUACUCAAGAAGACUCGAGGCUAAUUGCUGCCAAAGGUGCUUCAACAAAGUACUCAGUAAAGGGUCUGAAUAGUUAUGUAAAUGUGAUAUAUUUUUUAUUUUUUUUGAUACAUUUGCAAAUAUUUCUAAAAACCUGUUUUUGCUUCGUCAAUAUGGGGUAUUGUGUUGUAGAUUGGCAUCAGCAUGCUUCAGUUCGGCCAGUGGUUAGCCAAAGUCAUCUAGGCGACCCGAACGAAUGUGCUCGAAUUGUAUCUGCAUGGCUGGGGAAUUAGUCUACUAGUUUAUCAAGCCUGGUAUUUUUUAAUACAACUUUUCACAUAACACACAUUACCUGCCGUUGUUGAUGAAGCCGUCUGUGUCAUCAGGGCAGUAAAGGCGUCCGCAUGCUUCCCAGCCGAAACAGUUUGGAAGAGUUUGUGCAAAUUUUAUAACGACAUUUUGUGACGUUUUUGUUAGUUUUGGACUUAAGGGGUUUUUCGGCUGUUCGGGCAAACACAUUGUUUUCUCCAGGCCAGCCGAAGUCUACGCCCCUUCGUCAGUGAUUGGUCAACUGUAGGGAUUCUUUGUUGUCAUUCAACGAGAGAUUACUCGUUUUCAUGCACAUUCUUUCAUUGAGAAAUACUGCAUCAAACAUCUUAGUUAGAUAUAAAAUUGCGCGACUAAGAUCUCCUUGGCAAAAACAUCAAAAUUAAUGACACAUUUCUUGAGUUAUCUUAGAUUAAUUCUGACAGUUUUGAGGAAGUGUAUACUGGCUACGGCGUCUCAAAAUGGACAAACAGUACUAUUGUCGCUUUUCUCUCAUUUUUCAAGCGAAGGUCUUUACUGCCCUGAUGACACAGACGGCUUCAUCAACAACGGCAGGUAAUGUGUGUUAUGUGAAAAGUUGUAUUAAAAAAUACCAGGCUUGCUAAACUAGUAGACUAAUUCCCCAGCCAUGCAGAUACAAUUAGUAGUCAUUUUGUUUGUGAAUUUACCACUUGGCUGUCGAUUUAUAUUACCCUGUCACAGGCCCUCCCAGUCAACACCACCUCAUACGAUUGCCUGUUGCAGUUGUUCGAGAGAUGUCCAGUUUGCAGCUGAACAUGCAGCAUAGAGAAGUCCAGAAAGGGGGCCUUCAUCAGCCACAUGUUGGCAAGUAUCCGGGCCAGCAACCUUCACCUGUCAGCAUUAAAAGCUUUCACAGGCUCAUCAUUUGUACAAAUACAGAAGGUAACCCACUUCAUUACUUUGAUACAUUUGAUAACCCAAUUGUGAAACAUAAUUUAUGUAAACGGACAUUAUUUGUUGCUUAUUUUCUACUUCUUAGACGCAUAUAAUGUCCAGGGCAUAACCAAGCCUGGUAGAACCAGCCUGAUCGCUGUGUUCACCAUUCUAUUUCACUUCACAUUUUAUGAUAUCUAAGGUGAACACAGAGAUCAGGUUGGUUCCACCAGGCUAAUCAUAACCACCAUUGAUAAUGUAGUCAGUGCUCUCUUGCAAGAUGAUGUCCAGACUGACAGACAGGCUUAAUACUGAUUUCUCUGAAUGGAGAGAGACCUGGCACUUUGCAUAAACAUUUUACUAGACAACUUUUACUUGUAUUUAUUUUGUAUUAUUGAAUUUAAUGGUAUUAGUCAAUAUGGGGAGGGGAAACCCUGUGUAUUCUGCACCAGGAUCAGGGAACUCCUGUUGUAUACAGGACACCACACAGGAAGGUAUGACCACUCUGACAUUUGCCAAGGUACCCCCAUUACCACCAGACAAAAUGCAGAUAGGCACAAUAUCUGUAUCGGCUGGGAACGACAGUGAAAGAUGCACAUUGUUAUAUAAGCAGAACACUGCUUCUAUGGUAUUAUGUAAAGGGUUGUUUAUUCUAAAUGGAUCUGUUACUACAUUUGAAAGUUAUCAAAACACUUUGUUUAGAAUAUCUACAUAAAUUCAGCAAUUGCAUUCUUCUCAUAUUACUCUGUAGGCUACUGACUUAUUCAAAGCUUUCUCUGGCAUCUCACCAUACACCUGCAUGUAGUUAUUGAACUCAGCCUGCAGGAGGUUUGUUUGUUGUGAUUGAGUGGGGGGAAACAGCUGCGGGCAAGGUUCUGACAAGGUUCUGGGUUCUGUUGGUGGUGGCAAGGACACACCCAAGAAACACCCACAUCAAACCACACCCCCCAAGCCAACUCACGUUUGGCUUCUGUCAUUGCUGCCAGCAUUUCUUGAGGAGCGAGCGAAAAAACUAGGCCAAAUCAGCAGAUGCAGUUCCCCUUUAAUGAGGAAGAGAGAGACUCCCUGUGGCUUUACUCUGUAGUCAUCUGAUUAUUAGAAAAUGAUCUGAGCAAUUUCUCCAGAAAUGUGUGCAGUAUUAAACAGUACCACCUUUAAUUCCACACUAAUGAGUUUCUGCUGUUCUCCAUGGAGGUCUGGUUUGCUAAUCACUGCAGCACUCUGUUGAUGGCAGCCAGAGACAUGCACUAGCAGCAUUGUGUUGAUGGCAGAGAGAGACAUGCUGUCCUGUCUCUGCCAUGGUCCUGUUACUGUCCUGUCCUGCAGGCUGUCCUGCAGUGCAGCCUAAUGUUGUUCUUCCUGUCAGGAGAACUGCUGUCCUCAGCGCAGACAAAGACAACUGCCCAUCAACCCAUGAAAUGAUUACAUUGUUGAAAUAACUGACAUUCCCACUCCUCCACCCACUCUGUGAUUGUGCUUAGUGUUAAUUACUGUGUUAUUGAGGAAUUGAUUUAUAUAAAUAUCUGUUUUGUAUUGUAUUAAACUAUACCAUUGACCUUUACGGUCCCCCAGGUGGAGUUCUUUGAGCCCUUCUGGUACGGUGGGGAGCCCCGUGUCGGGGAGAGGGGGGCCAGGGGGUGGAGAGCCUGGCUCCAACCCAGUGAACAAGGUCAAUCACAUUAUAGCUAGCCUAUUCUAAAAUCUGUGGUAACACAUUACAUGAAGUUGCUCUUAUUCCCGUGUUGUAACACUAAUUACACUAGUAACAUCAUAGUAUAAGGACUUUUUGGCAAUGUAAGUCAUACUGUUGUAAUGUUAAAGGGAUACUACGGGAUUUCGGCAAUGAGGCCCUUUAUCUACUUCCCCAGAGUCAGAUGAACUCAUGGAUACCAUUUUUAUGUCUGCAUGGGGUUUGAAGGAAGUUGCUAACUAGCGCUAGUGCAAUCGCUAACUAGCGUUAGCGCAAUGCCUGGAAGUCUAUGGGUAUCUCCUAACGCUAGUUAGCAUUGGCUCACGAAACGACUUCAAACUUCCUUCAUACUGGACACAGAGACAUACAAAUGGUAUCCACAAGUGUCCCUUUAACCUUUGGAACCUCUUUGUGACAGCUGAUGAAGAUGGUGAAGAUCAGGAGGAAUCAGAGGUGAAGAAUAAGACCUGGCCCAAGUGGAGGAUCUGGUUGGACGUGGAAACGUCACGUGAGAUCAUCCAUUGGCUGCCGUGGAGGCCAGACAAAACCAAAGGCCAAUCGGUGGAGGACUGUGAGGACCCAGACCAACAGGUAUUGGCUGUAAUCACUGGUGAUAGUGGUGCCGAAACUGGGAUAUAUCUACCAUUAAAAACGGGUCCUAGCGUUGCUGUUUACAGUGCAUUCGGAAAGUAUUCAGACCCCUUGACUUUUUCCACAUUUUGUUACGUUACAGCCUUAUUCUGAAAUGGAUGAAAUCGUUUCCCCCCCUCAUCAAUCUACACACAAUACCCCAUAAUGACAAAGCAAAAACAUGUAGAAAUUUUGCAAAUGUAUUAAACACAAAAACAGAAAUAUAACAUUUACAUAAGUAUUAAGACCAUUUACUCAGUACUUUGUUGAAGCACCUUUGGCAGUGAUUACAGCCUCGAGUCUUCUUGGGUGUGACGCUAUAAGCUUGGCACACCUGCAUUUGGGUAGUUUCUCCCAUUCUUCUGUGCAGAUCCACUCAAGCUCUGUCAGGUUGGAUGGGGAGCGUCGCUGCACAGCUUUUUUCAGGUCUCUCCAGAGAUGUUCGAUCGGGUUCAAGUCCGGGCUCUGGCUGGGCCACUCAAGGACAUUGAGGCUUGGCCCGAAGCCACUCCUGCGUUGUCUUGGCUGUGUGCUUAGGGUCGUUGUCCUGUUGGAAGGUGAACCUUUGCCCCAGUCUGAGGUCCUGAGCGCUCUGGAGCAGGUUUUCAUCAAGGAUCUUUCUGUACUUUGCUCCGUUCAUCUUUCCCUCGAUCCUGACUAGUCUCCCAGUCCCUGCUGCUGAAAAACAUCCCCACAGCAUGAUUCUGCCACCACCAUGCUUCACCGUAGGGAUGGUGCCAGGUUUCCUCCAGACGUGACGCUUGGCAUUCAGGCCAAAGAGUUCAAUCUUGGUUUCAUUUGACCAGAGAAUCUUGUUUGAGUCCUUUAGGUGCCUUUUGGCAAACUCCAAGCGGGCUGUCAUGUGCCUUUUACUGAGGAGAGGAACUCUGGAGAUCUAUCAGAGUGACUAUCAGGUUCUUGGUUACCUCCCUGACCAAGACCCUUCUCAUCCGAUUGCUCAGUUUGGCCGGGCGGCCAGCUCUAGGAAGAGUCUUGGUGGUUUCAAACUUCUUUCAUUUAAGAAUGAUGGAGGUCACUGUGUUCUUGGGGACCUUCAAUGCUGCGAAAUGUUUUGGGACACUUCCCCAGAUCUGUGCCACGACACAAUCCUGUCUCGGAGCUCUACGGACAAUUCCUUCGACCUCAUAGCUUGGUUUUUGCUCUGACAUGCACUGUCAACUGUGGGACCUUAUAUAGACAGGUGUGUGCCUUUCCAAAUCAUGUCCAAUCAAUUGAAUUGACCACAGGUGGACUCCAAUCAAGUUGUAGAAACAUCUCAAGGAUGAUCAAUGGAAACAGGAUGUACCUGAGCUCAAUUUUGAGUCUCAUAGCAAAGGGUCUGAAUACUUAUGUAAAUAGGGUAUUAUUAUUAUUUGUAUUUUUGUAUUUUUUUCAAAAAAAUCUAAAAACCAGUUUUUGCUUCGUCAUUGGGGGGUGUUGUGUGUGGAACGGAUUAUAUUAUUAUCUAUUAUUUCUUCAUACCUGUUAUCAAGAAUCCACGGCUGAAACUAGCCAGCUAACUAGCUAUUUGCUAUUAGCUAUUGCUAUUAGCCACCGUUAGCGGUCUUCACCACUGUCCGUGGCCUGCACUACCUACCAGCCAGCUCUAGCCUGGACAAUUAUCGGCCAGUCUGCACAGCGUGCUAUCGACCCAGAGCAUUUAGGAUUUUCUGCCGGAAUCACUGAAUCACUGGACCUUAACACCGGAUCAUCACAACUAGCUAGCUGCAACCGAAUGGAUGUUGUUGUUGGCUAAUCACCACUAAUCACCACUUGUCCCAAAGCUAGCACCAGUUAGCCUUGAGCUAGCCUCGAGCCAGGCCCAUCUCCAGGCUAUCCACCUCUCUGUCAACCGGACGGGACCUCCUAGUGUCGACACGGAGCCCCGCCGAUCCAUCACGACUGGUCUGCCGACGUAAUUGUCUGAUGUGGUUUCAACAGGCUUCCCGUUGCGACGACCACAAAGAUCCAUCUGCUAGCACCGGCCCGCUAGCACGCGCAAUCAAUAGCCGUGCCUCCUGCUCGCCUGUGCUGUAGCAGCCUACGAACUGCUCCCGGACUUACCUAUUGCUGUUCACUGGACCUUAUGAUCACUCAGCUACACAUCUGAUGCCCGCUGGACUGUUCCUUUACACGGUACCCCAUCCUGUUUAGCCUCAGCCCAAACUUUCGUCGCCAUUACCAGUUGUUGUCUUAGCCCUCUCGAAUAACACCUGUGAUUGCGUUAUGCCUCUCUCCCAUAUCAAUAUGCCUAGCCUAUUGCUGUUUGGGUUAGUUGUUAUUGUACUAUUUCAUUGUAAAGCCCCCAGUCCCGCUCAACCUGCCUCAGAUAGCUUCUUUGUCCCACCCCCCAUACACGCGGAGACCGGCUCAAUCGGUACCUCCAGUGAUGCUAUCUCUUUCAUCGUUACCCAAUGAUUAGGUGUACCUCCACUGUACUCAUAUCCUUCCUUAUCUUUGUCUGUACAUAAUGCCCUGAAUCUAUUCUACAACGCCCGGAAAUCUGCCCCGUUUAUUCUCUGUGCCCAACGCACUAGAAGACCAGUUCUUAAAGCCUUUAGCCGUAUACUUAUUAUAUUCCUCCUCUGUUCCGCUGGUGAUGUAGAGGUUAACCCAGGCCCUGUAACCCCCAGUAUCACUCCUACUCCCCAGGCGCUAUCAUUUGUUGAUUUCUGUAACCGUAAAAGCCUUGUUUCUUGCAUGUUAACAUCAGAAGCCUCCUCCCCAAGUUUGAGUUAUUCACUGCGUUAGCACACUCUGCCAACCCUGAUGUCCUAGCAGUGUCUGAAUCCAGGCUUAGGAAGGCCACCAAAAAUUCAGAAAUGUCCAUCCCGAACUACAACAUUUUCCGUCUAGCUAGAACUGCCAAAGGGGGCAGAGUUACAAUCUACUGUAGAGAUUUGCAGGCUAUCAUACUAUCCAGGUCUGUGCCCAAACAGUUUGAGCUUCUACUUCUAAAAAUCCACCUUUCCAGAAAUAAGUCUCUCACUGUUGCCGCUUGCUACAGACCUCCCUCAGCCCCCAGUUGUGCCCUGGACACCAUAUGUGAAUUGCUUGCCCCCCCAUCUAUCCUCAGAGUUCGUACUGCUUGGUGACCUAAACUGGGAUAUGCUUAACACCCCGGCCGACCUACAAUCUAAACUAGAUGCCCUCAAUCUCACACAAAUUAUCAAGGAACCUACCAGGUACAACCCUAAAUCUGUAAACAUGGGCACCCUCAUAGAUAUCAUCCUGACUAAUUUACCCUCUAAAUACACCUCCGCACCAAUUGUAAAUGUACUUAUCUUCAGUCCUUUUUAAUGCCGAACUAUGUGUCCACUGAGAUUCUCCCACUAAUGCUCAUGUCUCUCUGUGUCCCUUCUCCUUCGCUCUGUAUGUAACAUGAAGGUGCUGAGGUACGUGCGUGGCAGAAACAAGAAGCGUGUGAAAGCCCAGGGGAAGAGGAGCAAGUGCUUGGCCAAGCGCCGGCUGAAGCCUGUGGGGGAAUCUGGACGAGGCUCACAAGGUAUUCGACACAGCCCUGGGACAGUAUUCCCAGCUGGAGGUGGAGGAGGCCUGGCGAUGGGGUACGGACGGAGCAGUGGCAGGGAAUACUGUCACGACCGCUAUUUCUUCACCAGCGGUCUAUAUCCUCACCAAGCUAGCAGAGGUAGUUCGUAUGCCCCCUUCACUGGACAGUUGGCUCCAGUGGCUGUUCUGAAGGCCAGGAAGGCAUAUGAGCAGGCUGUGGUGAGCUCCCUGCCUGGACUGGAAAAGGGGGCCUCAGGGCAGGGACACUCCAAGAAGCCCAGGCAGGUCAAAGGGCUAGUGGAGUGUUAUGCCCUGUUCCAGUACCUGACUGUGGGGGUUGAUGCUGCAGAUGCAGUCUACAGCCUGGCCAGGGAGAGGCUGGAGCAACACCCCAGUAUGUCAGCCCAGGGGUCAGCUAGCAGCGAGGCUAAUAGUGACACACAGACACAGAGCUCUGCUGCCUCAGAGUGUGAGGCCCUGGCUGUCCAGCAGGCGGCACUGCUGCACUACCACACCAGCACCAGUGUGUACCCACUCAGCCAUCUCAGACUGGCGCUGACUGCGGUGCUAGUCUGCUUUGCCUCUAGCGCCCCCCUGUGGCAGCCCUAUGUGCAGGUGGAGAACCGCUACCACAGCGCUGGCAGGGCUCGCCGCUUCUUCCACAGCGUGACCAAGGCUAGUGCCAGUGUCGUGCCACGCCUGUUUGCCAUCAGUGCAGAGGAAGCAGCUGGUGGACUCUGUACAGACGUGAGAACACUGAGGAUGGAAGACUUUAAUCAGUAUCAGUUAAUCUAAUAAUGUCAAUAACAGAACACACACACACAAAGAGAUAGUACUAGUCUGUAGUAGCUCACAUUUAGAUUGAAGUUCAUUUGGUUAACUAACUGGAUGUUUUUUCAUGAGUUAUUGCUUUCUUCUAGGCAGGUCUGGUUGCUAUUGCGACACCUUUUCCACCCUUCCAGAAAACGGCCUAAGCAACCGUAUCCGCUCGCUAUUUGAGAUGCCAUAGCAACAGAGCACGGGGUCCACUGUCCGUUGCUGUGGAGGAUGUACUUCCUGGUAAGACACCUCUUUAAAACAUACGCCUAAAUCAUUAUCUAGUUAUCAGAACCUAUAUAGCCGAAUGAUGAAGGAGCAUUGGAAGUAUGGCUGAAGCUGACGUCUGGUGUUUUGUUGUGUACUAUAGGUGACAGAAGGGAAAGUGGAGAAGGGAAGAGGGAUCUUCUACAAGGCUCUCCAGGACGUCCCAUGGGCCAAGGUGAGCACAGUGACAGAUGAAAUGAUGAAACAGUGAUAAUUAGUAGCUCUUUGGUGUGUUUUGGUCAGAAUAUAUGACAUUGUUUCUGACGUGUGUGUGUGAGUCCAUCCACAGGGUUUAUACAUGUACGCGGUGCAGCUCUUUCCUGAGCACGUGCAGGAGUUCCUGGACCUGAUGACAGAGAAGGAGCUCAGACAGAGUUCCCAUGGAGGAGGUAGACAUACUGCUCUAAAACUUUUCCCACAGUGCAACAGGGUCCUGGCUUCCUCACACACUACUGUGGACACCCAUAAGUCGUGCACUGACCAAUAGAACAACCAAGUCUCCUCAGGAAAAAUAGCAUUUUACUUUUCAAACAGAUGUGUGAAUAAAUUAUGUGUUACACAUACACUGUAUUAUGUGUUAAUUCAAAAAUGUCCAUAUUUUGAUUGAAUUAAAUAUCUACUUUUAUGUCAAGGACUUGAGUUUAAACUGAUUUAAAAAAUAGAUUACUGUGUUCAUUUAAAAUGAAUAUUUUGUUUCCUAACACUGGUCUGUCAACCUUUAUUUAAAAAUAAGCUCUAAGCCUUUCACGCAUUGUGAAUCCUGAGGGAUGCUUGUGUGCAUUUCCUGCAGGAUAACGACAUCACAGCUUAAUGGUGUGGAACGGAGCACACCUGAGUGUACACUUUAGAGUCAGGAGGGAAGGAGUGAGGAAACACAGACAUGAGGGUAGAGAAGCUUUAUAUAGUCUCAUUACUGCUUAUCCUUCAGAGUAGUAGAGCAUCCACUCUGGCUUUCCCAGGUGAGUCUGACAUUUCUGAUGACCUUUAACCCAUUAUAAUGUGCCUCUGUGAGUUAACUGGAUUGACCUCUCUACAUGCUACUAACUAUAUUCUAAAUUUCUACUUGAUACAUACUACUCCGGCUAUGCUAUGGUGAUGUAGAAUUUCAUUAGUGAAAUAAAUGGUAACAUGGAUAUUAUGUAGUCUUGCUGAUCCUAUGUAGUUAUUUCUCAUAGCUGAUAGCAUUUUUUCCUGAAAGCAGAUCAACAGAACUUUUCUCUUAUAUUUGAAAAUAACUUCCAUUCAUGAUGUUCUUUAUUCUGAUCACAGAUAAAGAAUGUAAUGAUGAUGCAUUUCCUUUCCGGGAAGACUGCGAGGUUGACACAGUGUGUGGAGAAGCUGUAUGUCAUCACAACCAGUAUGUCACCUGCCAUGUCAAUCGCUGUGGCACCUGUGAACCUGUGUUCCGAGGCUAUGACAACAUCACUGUCAACUGCACCCAAUGUAAGUGAGAGACCAUCUUCUAUAGUAUUGGCACAUAUCUCUUAUCUACAGUGGGAUUUGCCUUGUAUAUCAGUAUGAUUUUAGACAUGUAGGCUUGGACAUAAAUUAAGUGGUCAAUGGUUUCCUUUGUAUAAAUCCACACACAUUACUCUGUAGGCUAUGUCUAUCUGAUAUCUCCUCUGGGUGACCUGAGAGAGUAAGUUUUGAAUGAUACACUACCAGUCAAAUAUGUGGACACACCUAGUCAUUCAAGGGUUUUUCUUUAUUUUUACAUUGUAGAAUAAUAGUGAAGACAUCAAAACUAUGAAAUAACACAUGGAAUCAUGUAGUAACCAAAAAAGUGUUAAACAAAUCCAAAUAUAUUUUAUAUUUGUGAUUCUUCAAAUAGCCACCAUUUGCCUUGAUGACAGCUUUGCACACUCUUGGCAUUCUCUCAACCACCUUCAUGAGGUAGUCACCUGGAAUGCAUUUCAAUUAACAGGUGUGCAGGGGGUAUACAGAAGAUGGCCCUAUUUGGUAAAAUACCAAGUCCAUAUUAUGGCAAGAACAGCUCAAAUAAGCAAAGAGAAACGACAGUCCAUCAUUAUUUUAAGACAUGAAGGUCAGUCAAUACGGAACAUUUCAAGAACUUUUAAAGUUUCUUCAAGUGCAGUCGCAAAAAACAUCAAGCGCUAUGAUGAAACUGGCUCUCAUGAGGACCACCACAGGAAUGGAAGACCCAGAGUUACCUCUGCUGCAGAGGAUAAGUUCAUUAGUUAUCAGCCUCAGGAAUUGCACUCCAAAUAAAUGCUUCACGGAGUUCAUGUCACAGACACAUCUCAACAUCAACUGUUCAGAGGGGGACCGUGUGAAUCAGGCCUUCAUGGUCGAAUUGCUACAAAGAAACCACUACUAAAGGACACCAAUAAGAAGAAGAGACCUGCUUGGGCCAAGAAACACGAGCAAUGGACAUUAGACCGGGGAAAUGUGUCCUAAUUGUCCAAAUUGGAGAUUUUGAGUUUGAACCGCUGUGUCUUUGUGAGACACGGUGUGGGUGAACGGAUGGUCUCCGCAUAUGUUGUUCCAUCUGUAAAGCAUGGAGGAGGAGGUGUUAUGGUGCUUUGCUGGUGACACCGUCUGUGAUUUAUUUAGAAUUCAAGACACACUUAACCAGCAUGGCAACCACAGCAUUCUGCAGCGAUACGCCAUCCCAUCGGGUUUGGGCUUAGUGGGACUAUCAUUUGUUUUUCAACAUGACAAUGACCCAACACACUUCCAGGCUGUGUAAGGGCUAUUUUACAAAAAAGGAGAGUGAUGGAGUGCUGCAUCAGAUGACCUGACCUCCACAAUCCCCCGACCUCAACCCAAUUGAGAUGGUUUGGGAUGAGUCGGACGGCAGAGUGAAGGAAAAGCAGCCAACAAGUGCUCAGCAUAUGUGGGAACUCCUUCAACACUGUUGGAAAAGCAUUCCAGGUGAAGCUGGUUGAGAGAAUGCAAAGAGUGUGCAAAGCUGUCAUCAAGGCAAAGGGUGGCUAUUUGAAGAAUCUCAAAUAUAAAAUAUAUUUUGAUUUUUUAAACACUUUUUUGGUUACCACAUGUUAUUUCAUAGUUUUGAUGUCACUAUUAUUCUACAAUGUAAAAAAUAGUACAAAUUAAGAAAAAACCCUUGAAUGAGUAGGUGUGUCCAAACUUUUGACUGGUACUGUACAUGAAAUUGGAAAUAUUUCAUUAUUUUACUCUUAAUUAGUGACUCCCAAGUGUCGUCUAAUACACCUGGAGAUGUUGAGCAAGCACAGAAUGGGGACCAUGUUACCUGGGGGGAGUUCAGAGACAAAGUACCACCCAGACUGUGAUGGAGCUGGUAUGUUCAGACCUAAACAGUGCAGAGAGGAGGACGCCAACCUAUGCUGGUGUGUUAACAAGGCUGGAGUCCCAGUCUCUGACAAGACGCAUGACCCCCUCAAAUGUGAAUGGCUGGUCACAGUCCAGUGAGUAAAAUCAUGAAAACUAUAUUUUAUUAUUGUAUUAUUAUUAUAUAAUGUUUCUAAAAUAUAUGCUAAGUGAUCAAUAAUGAUAUGUUCUCUCUUUCAUUUGUAGUGUCAUUGAUAUUCAAUUCGCAUUUAAAGUGGCGUUCACACCUGUUGCAAAAACCAUGGAUGAGAUACGAAGGUAUGCGUCCUUCCUCUGUAGUAAGCCAUUGAUAUGCAUUUCUUAUUAAAUAACAAUUUUAUUGAAAAGUUAUGUUGUCACGGCACCAUUGUUGUUUCAGGCAGUUGGUGUUAAAGCUGGACAGGGAAUAUACACUGGAUAAAACACAGAUCUUAGACAUAACUGUGAGUAAGCAGGCAUGUUUCCUCAGAUUAUUGUUCGAGAUUGAGUGUGAGAGAGAUCUGUCUUUAUGAAUGUGCCAUCUGUGCCGGUCGGCCCACUCCUCAGGUGCGGGAGCUGUACCAGGUAGUGUCCAUCCGCCUGACUGACAACAGGACAGACAAAGAGCCAGUGGACAUAGCAACUGUGGCCUACUACAUUGAGAGAGAUGUGAGACAUUUUAUUGUAAGAGCUGUAUCUGCUUUCAGACCCUUCAAAAAGGCUUUGUUUGCUUGUAAAGUCAUUGAAUAUCUCUUUGUAACAUUCGAUUCAAGGGCUCCAUAUUUUAAGAAAUAAUUCAAAGGAAAUAUUUUUUGUAUAAAAGUCUGUUCAAUCUGGCAUGCCUGGUGCUAAUAUUUUGCUUUAACUAUGCAGUGAAAUGUAACUGUUUUGCCAUCCCGUCUAGUUGAAAAGCAACACUUUUGGGUUUGAGGUGGACGGUUGGAGACUAGAGGUGGUGAGGGACUCCGUCAAGGUCCUAUUCUUUCACUAUGACCACCCACACAUGGACAUGAUGACCAUCAAUCCAGGCGUUGCUGCCCUCAUCAUUGCUCUGGCCAUUAUCAUUGGUGUUUCUGUAUCUGUGAGUCUAAGAGCAAAAUCACUUGUACACUAGAUUCAGUACGAUACCACUGCUACCCUCACGUCACAACUUCUUUCUCUCUCUUUGUCCAUCACUAUUGUCAGGCGGUGGUACGAAGGAAAGCUCUGCUGGAGAGAAGGAGAUUCCAGUUUGAAGUCAUUGAGGUAUAGUCACUGGGAAGAAACAAAGACCGAUACAGUAAACCCUUAUGUAUUGUCCUGUGUUUUACUCGCUCUUUUUAAAUGCAGGUUCAAGGGCAGGACAACCACAUGGAACAACAAGAAGCUACCAUGACCUACUAUGUUAUGUGACAUCGUACUUUAAUAUCUUUGUUGAUUGUAGUAGAUUUGUUUUCUCUUCAUGUUUGUUUUUUUAGUUGUCACGCAUUUCAUUUAUAUGCAAAGUUGCCAAAUUAUCUCCUUCCCUGAUUGAAACAAUAGUCAGCUGUACAUUAUGGAAAUAUUGUAAUUGGUUGAUUUCUUAACAUGGAUUCUAUCUUGUAGCUUUAAUCAAAUAUUAAAACAAGAAUGUACUUUAUUUGAAAUAAAAAUCUGAACAGUUUCCAAAAUUGUUUAUUUGCUAUUAUUGUACUUCGAGGUGAUACUUACAAGGUUAUGGUAACAGACCAUAACACAAGAUUGUUCAUUUGUUCAGAAAGCCAAAUUUUAUUGAACAGCUGCAGAAUUGAAUACCAAACAGCUGGCUACAUCUAGUCCCAACUGUACAAUGAACAUGUAUGAAAAGAUGUACUACGUGAUAAGUUUCUAAGCAGUAAGUGAAAGAAUAGGACGUUGCUGAGGUGCGUUUCACCCCUGUGGUUAGAGGUAUAGUCCCUCUGGUGUCCCUUCCUGUUUCUUGUACAACACGUUCUCCUUCGACUUCUUAAAGUCCUCGUUCGUCACCUUCAUCCUGCGCUCUCUCAGAGCCAUCAGCCCUGCCUCUGUACAAAUGGCCUGAGAUGAGAGAAAUAAGUUAAACACUUCAGUGAAAAUUCUUUGAGAUGCCACAGGACUGCAGCAAAACCAGAACAUUCAAAUAUAAAGAGGGGCAUACAGUCUUUCUUUUGAGUAUGCUGCAUUUUCACAGUUAGUCUAAUUACUAUGUCCCAGCUGGUUGCUGUAACGUCAAUACUGCACCUUGAUGUCAGCUCCGGAGAGGUCAUCCUUGGCCAGGAUCAGUUCAUCCAGGGUCACAUCGUCUGCCACGGUCAUCCUGCUUGUGUGGAUCUGGAAUAUCCUUCGCUUGGUCUUCUCAUCCGGCAGGGGGAACUCUAUUUUACGGUCAAUACGGCCUGAGGAGUGGGGGUGGGGGACACAAAAAUAUAUACCAAAUCAGAGGACAUGCUCCUUGGGGUAAUAAGAUACUGUAUCUCCAAUCAUUACUUGCUCAAAGUCAGGAUUAAUUUAGGUGGGCAUAGCCUGCAUUGUAAUUUCCAUUGAAGAUUUGAAGUCGUAUAAUAAUGUUAUUGUGUACCUGGUCUGAUGAGUGCGGGGUCCAGGGUCUCUAUCCUGUUGGUGGCCAUAAUGACCUUGACAUCGCCUCUGGAGUCAAAACCAUCCAGCUGGUUAAGCAGCUCCAGCAAAGUCCUCUGGAUCUCCCGCUCCCCUCCCGAGUUAGAGUCAUACCU